AUGGGUACAUCAUCUGGGUCCCACUUCAACAACCAGUCCUCCAUGCUUCCACCCCGCCAGCAGCCCCGUCCAGGCGGGGGUGGGCUCCAAACGUCCCUCUCCUUGGUCUCACCUGAUGCCUGCGGGUCCCCCAAUCUCCAUGAGCGUGGAUCAAAUUCCGAUCACGUUCGUGAAUCCCCUUCUGAAAGCGCCAGCUCACGCGAGACCUGGCCCACGGCCGAUGCCUUGGUGGUGAAGAAACUGGAAAAGGAGAAAGAGCGAGAAAAUGGUUACGCCGAACACUCGGUUGUCAGGCACGUCUCGAAUUCGGACAAGCUGUCCCUGCGAGACCUGGCUCGAGAGAGAGUUGAGAUUACGGCAGAGAGAAUGCAGAACCUCCCGGAUGAGUAUCUCGACAAGUUUAAAAACGAGCUCAGGGCAUUUCUUGAGGGUUUGGGUGGUUCUCAGCAGAGGGAAGAGUUCAUAUUCCUGCAGAAGCUUGUUCAGAGUAGGGGGGAUUUGACUGAGAAAACGCUUGUGCUAGCGCACAGGGUCCAGCUCGAGAUACUUGUUGCUAUAAAGACUGGGAUUCAGGCAUUUUUGCACCCGAGCGUGAGCCUCUCUCAGGCUUCCCUUAUCGAUAUAUUUUUGUAUAAGAGGUGCAGAAAUAUAGCAUGUGGAAGUGUGCUGCCUGCAGAGGACUGUACGUGCGAGCUGUGCUCUAAGAGGAACGGGUUUUGCAACCUCUGCAUGUGUGUAAUUUGCAGCAAGUUUGACUUUGAGGUCAACACGUGCCGCUGGAUCGGUUGUGACCUGUGCUCCCACUGGACCCAUACCGACUGCGCUAUCCGGAAUGGGCAGAUAGGGAUGGGUCCGGCCGUGAGGAGCCAGCCGGGCUCAGCAGCGGAGAUGCUCUUUAGGUGCCGUGCUUGCAGCCGUACGUCCGAGCUGCUGGGUUGGGUGAAGGAUGUAUUCCAGCAUUGUGCGCCUAGCUGGGAUAGGGAUGCUCUGAUUAGAGAGCUCGACUUUGUGAGCAGGAUCUUCAGGGGGAGUGAGGACCCAAGAGGUAGGAAGCUCUUCUGGAAAUGUGAGGAGCUCAUUGAGAAAUUGAAGAGUGGGGUGGUGGCGGACCCUGUUCCUUGUAAAGCGAUCUUGAUGUUCUUUCAAGAGCUCGAGGACCCCUUGAAGUCCCAAGAUCCCGACGAACCCAACCGCACCAUAUCCCCACAGGAGGCCUUCAACAAAAUAGCCGAUGUAGUCCAAGAAGCCGUCCGCAAAAUGGAAGCCGUGGCCGAGGAGAAAAUGCGCCUCGUCAAGAAAGCCCGGCUGGCGGUCGACGCCUGUGAGCAGGAGCUCAAGGACAAGGCCCGCGAGGUGGCUGCCUUAAAGAUGGAAAGGCAGAGGAAGAAGAUGCAGAUAGACGAGCUCGAGAGCAUUGUGCGGCUCAAGCAAGCGGAGGCCGAUAUGUUUGAGCUCAAGGCUAACGAGGCCCGCCGGGAAGCUGAACGCCUCCAGAGGAUAGCCCUUGCCAAGACAGAGAAGUCGGAGGAGGAUUAUGCUAGCAGGUACCUGAAGCAGAGACUGCACGAGGCUGAGGCUGAGAAGCAGUACUUGUUUGAGAAGAUCAAGCUCCAAGAGAGCUCGAGGGCCUCCUCGCAAGGUGGGGGAGGGGGAGGGGGUGGUGACCCCUCUCAGAUGAUGUACAGUAAGAUUCAAGAUCUACUCAAGAAUAUGUAUGGUACGUCGCCUUCUGUCAAGGGGGAAGGUGGGAUUCCAUGA